AAGUUUUCCUGAACACAUUAUAGUUUGCAUUUUUCCAAAAUACCUCCUGAUGAAGGUGCUGACUGCCAGGAAACAAAGCAAAAGCUCUUCAAAGUAAAGAUUGAUGUCUGAUUUUGUCUUUUCAGCUUCUCCUGAGAUUCACGUGUUCACAACAAAAGCCAAACAGUCCUCGAACGUCGUGCUGACGUGCCACGCCACAGGCUUUUACCCAAAAGAGAUCACUCUAAACAUCAGAAGAAAUGGACGCAUCCUCAACAAAGAGGAUGGAGUGAUGAGCACUGGAGUUCGUCCUAAUCACGAUGACACCUUCCAAAGAAGAGACUAUGUGGAGAUUUUGAGGAGUGACACCGCUAAAUACACCUGUGAAAUCUUUCAUCCGGGUUCUGGCAUACAUGUGAAUAAAACAUGGGAUUAUCGCCUUCCAGAAGAUUCACAAGACAUUUAUAUUGGUGUUUCUGUUGGUAUUUUUGUUGGUAUUGGUGGUGUCUUAGCCAUUGUGGUUGGUGUAGUGCUACAAUACAAGAAAAUAAAGCUUUGUUGUAAAGAGAAAAGCUGUCGAUGCCAAGGUGGGGACUGCCAUAAGUCUACCUCAAGUGAAAGUGAUGGCAGCCUGACUGAAGCUUUUAUCAAAGUUGACAUGCCAACAACCAACUCUAGCGGCAGUGUGGAUGAGACCAGCCCUCUCAAUCAAACAACCAAAGUUGACAAGCCAACAACCAACUCUAGUGCCAGUGUGGAUGAGACCAGCCCUCUCAAUCAAAAAACCAAAGGUUCUGACUUGUCUCUGAGUAGUGGAGACUCUGCUGUCAUCUGUGAAAGUGAUGGCAGCCUGAAUGCAGCUCUUAUCAAAGUUGACAAGCCAACAACCAACUCUAGUGGCAGUGUGGAUGAGACCAGCCCUCUCAAUAAAACAACCAAAGUUGACAAGCCAAAAACCAACUCUAGUGGCAGUGUGGAUGAGACCAGCCCUCUCAAUAAAACAACCAAAGUUGACAAGCCAAAAACCAACUCUAGUGCCAGUGUGGAUGAGACCAGCCCUCUCAAUCAAACAACCAAAG